GGGAUGCUGAAGUGCUGAAAUAGCAGCGACAAGUCUUGGCUCCUGGUUAAAUACCCGCAUGCCUGAGCCUGAGAUGACAAUAGAGAGCAUGGAGAAUGUGGAGGUCUUCACGUCUGAGGGUAAAGGCAGGGGUCUGAAGGCCACGAAGGAGUUCUGGGCUUCAGAUGUCAUUUUUGCUGAGCGGGCUUAUUCAGCAGUGGUUUUUGACAGCCUUGUUAAUGUUGUGUGCCACACCUGCUUCAAGAGGCAGGAGAAGCUCCACCGCUGUGGGCAGUGCAAGUUUGCUCAUUACUGUGACCGCACCUGCCAGAAGGAUGCUUGGCUGAACCACAAGAAUGAGUGUUCAGCUGUCAAGAGAUGCGGGAAGGUGCCCAAUGAGAAUAUCAGGCUGGCUGCACGCAUCAUGUGGCGGGUGGAGAGAGAGGGCACUGGGCUCACAGAGGGCUGCCUGGUCGCCGUGGAUGACCUGCAGAACCACGUGGAGCACUUUGGGGAGGAAGAGCAGAAGGAGCUGCGGGUGGACGUGGACACUUUCUUGCAGUACUGGCCGCCCCAAAGCCAACAGUUCAGCAUGCAGUACAUCUCCCACAUUUUUGGCGUGAUUAACUGCAAUGGCUUCACACUCAGUGAUCAGAGAGGCCUACAGGCAGUGGGUGUGGGUAUCUUUCCCAACCUGGGCCUGGUGAACCAUGACUGCUGGCCCAACUGCACCGUCAUAUUUAACAAUGGCAAUCAUGAGGCAGUGAAAUCCAUGUUUCACACCCAGAUGAGAAUUGAGCUCCGGGCCCUUGGCAAGAUCUCAGAAGGAGACGAGCUGACCGUUUCCUACAUCGACUUCCUUAACGUCAGCGAGGAACGCAAGAAGCAGCUGAAAAAGCAGUACUACUUUGACUGCACGUGUGAACACUGCCAAAAAGGGCUGAAGGAUGACCUCUUCCAAGGGGUGAAAAAUGACCCCAAGCCCUCUCAGGAUGUGGUGAAGGAAAUGAUACAGCUCUCCAAAGAUACACUGGCAAAAAUUGACAAGGCUCGUUCUGAGGGUUUGUACCAUGAGGUUGUGAAAUUAUGCCGGGAGUGCCUGGAGAAACAGGAGCCAGUGUUUGCUGACACAAACCUCUACAUGCUGAGGAUGAUGAGCAUUGUUUCAGAGGUCCUCUCCUACCUCCAGGCCUUCGAGGAGGCCUCACACUACGCCAGUAGGAUGGUGGAUGGCUACAUGAAGCUUUACCACCCCAACAAUGCCCAACUGGGCAUGGCCGUGAUGCGGGCUGGGCUGACCAACUGGCAUGCUGGAAACAUUGAAGCAGGGCACGGGAUGAUCUGUAAAGCCUAUGCCAUUCUCCUGGUGACACACGGACCCUCCCACCCGAUCACCAAGGACUUAGAGGCCAUGCGGGUGCAGACGGAGAUGGAGCUGCGCAUGUUCCGCCAGAAUGAAUUCAUGUACCACAAGAUGCGCGAGGCCGCCCUGAACAACCAGCCCAUGCAGGUCAUGGCCGAGCCCAGCAAUGAGCCAGCCCCAGCUCUGUUCCAUAAGAAGCAAUGAGGAACUGCUGGUCGGGGAGGGGCAGUGUGACUGGAGAACUGGGCACAGAUUCUGGUGGUGGGUUUCCAGGGAGGUCAUAGUAAUGCUCAACCUUGUUGCUGUGGGAAUAUACUGUUCUGUGUUCCCCACUGUCAUUUGGAUUCACUUCAACUCAGUUCAGUUCAGUUUAAACUCGUCCUAGCCCAGCACAUAUUUACAGAUAUUUACUGGGUGCUAGGCCGUAAGGAUAAAGACACUUCAAAUAUAGCAGAGCAGACAGAACAUAACGAAUUGAAGCACAGAGUAGUAACAAAUGACGUGGUAGACUAUAUGCACAGGAAUAUGGAGAUGGGUGUGUGGGGGCAUGUCAUGGAAGAAAAAACAUCUGAGU